AACGAUAAGGCUGUCUCAUAUUGUCCCAUGUUUCCACGUCAGUUGUAACUCGAUUGUAUAACUCAUCCAACGGGAGCCUGUCCCGCACUCUGCAUUCUGCAACGCGGGUUCCGAGAAGAUGCAGCUAAGCUUGUGCGUUGUGCCGUGUACCUGGUAUACAGUUGCGUUAUGAUUCCAUCUGGCCUGUAACUUACUGUCAGUUGCGUCGCCACUGUGCCAGUGUUAUGAGACGCCACUCACGAUGUUACCCAACAUCUGGAUGCCUAGCUGACCUUUUCCCAGGCCAUGUCUGGCAGCCCCUUUCGUCUGGUGUCAUGGGCCUGAGGUUCCGUCGAAUUCGUCGUAUGUCGAGCGGGCCCGAAGAAGUGACAAACCCGGAGCCUCAACUCCAAGGCUCCUCAAAUAAAGAGGAAGAAGAGGAAGCCACAGAUUACCUACCCGAGUUGAACAGACCGACAAAACCGCUCCCACUGAGAGACGGCUUUCUCUAUGUUCUCUCUGGUGACAACUUAUGGUUCAGGCUUUACGUGGCCCUCUACCAGAAGCAACUGGAUGCGUACUACGACGUCUCCGAUAAGAUACCGGUGAUAAGCAUCAGCCUCCCUGGAUGCGAAGUGCGCGUGUUGGAUCAGGUUAAGGGAUCCGGACCAAACGAGGAGUUUUAUCCCAUAGACCUCGUCAAAAAGGACAGCCCUUCUGUGUGCUUCGCAUCGGAUUCACCGAGUGAACAACAACAGUGGGCCAAUGCACUUCGCAGCCGGACACAAGCCUGCUCUCUCAACAUCGAAGGCCUCAACUUGGAAGGCUGCGGAACCUUCGGCGGAGGUCUGCAAGACGCGGCCCAGAAGGAUGAGAAUGUUCUUGCGCAAACGCUCGAGCUCCUGGACGAGUUACUCAAGAGAAAAUCCGAAGGCGUCAAGCAAAAAAAGACUGAGGAGCCAGUCAAGACUAGCGAAGAAUGGGACGACCGGGACCAAGCUUCCAUUACAGCCCACCAGGAGGCCCUUAGGAAAGCCACGCACCUGAGACAAAGAAAAAUUUCUACGGAACUAAAGGUGGAGACCCUUCAGAAACAGCUGAGGAAGCCGAGCAAAAAAUCUCAACCAAAGGCAAUCCCUGAAUUACCCGAAGGCAGGGAGAUCGUAGAGGAGCAGCUACAGGAACUAACGCUCAAACUCAGGAUGCUGGAAGGGAACUUGGGCCAGACUGAACGAGAGGCUCAACAAGUCCGCAGGGAAUGGGACAAGAAGAUGGAAGAGGUGUACAUGCAUCUUCUGAAGACCAAACAUUUGUCGCCGGAUACAAUCAAGGCUCACUGGGACCAAUCGGGAGACACGCCCAAAAUCUUCGUGUCAAAGACGCAAGACGACUGUAGACCGAGUGGAUCAUUGAGGGUUCGAGCAGCUAAGCUUAUCCCAUCGCCGCGUGGAAAGAAGAAAGAUGCCGGACACGAAACCAACGGAAGCAUAAAAAAGUCGGCAUCGAAUAAUUCACUAAACGGCACCUCGAAGACCGGGUAUGAAUCCGACGACAACUCGAGAAGCACAGAUUCAAAGGAGUCCGAAGACUUAAGAGCUCUGUCAAAGAGUCGCCGUGGACCACUCAAGAUUAUCGGUGACUUUCUCGAUUCCCACAGAGGACGAUUCGGAAGCACACACCGCCGCAACAAAUCUGCAGAGGCGUAUCCAAGCGGUGACCCAUCCGAGAGCCAACACAAAAGACCAAGGACCAUCACGGACAUUCCACUUAGUCCAGCGUCAGACUCUGCCAUGUCCACAGACUUAGCGCAGUCAACUUCUCCAUCAAAGACGUGUGACCCAUCUCUUCCUGUACCUUCUUCAACAACUGCUUCAACGUCUGAAGACACUCCUUCGGUGGAGCUUUCAGAGUCUUCUAUCGUGGUACCAAGAAGAGAUUCCGAAAUCGCCAGAAGUAGCGAUACUCUACCAGAGGAGGAGAUGCCUUUGACGCACACGGAUAGCGGUGGCAGUUAUUGCUCGGAGGACGAUGUCAGGAGCAUGGACAGCGGUCUCAGAGCGUCGUCUGAAGAUGCUGAAGACGGAUCUGUGCGUAAGGAGAUCGACCCAGAGAUAAUGGCAGAGAUUGAGGCGUUCGAGAGGAUGGCACAAAACUAUUUGAAACGGCACGGACACGAGUUUCCAUUCUGAUUCACCAUGUACAUAAGCACAUACCAUUCCCGGUGGCCUCUGUCAAAACUGUAAAUAAUGAAGAACAUCUAAUAAAUAUACAAUUUUGAAGCGUC